UCUCUCGCCAUCAUUUGAAAUCGUGAAUUGAGCGGAUUAACUUCUACUUUGUUAUUCUUAAGCAUCUACGAAGACCGAUACAAUGCCAGUGAAAGCACCAGCUAUUGGAAUCGAUCUCGGAACAACAUACUCGUGUGUUGGAGUGUUUCAACAGGGAAAAGUGGAAAUUAUAGCCAACGACCAAGGAAACAGGACGACACCCAGCUAUGUUGCGUUCACGGACUCGGAGCGGUUGAUCGGCGAUGCGGCCAAAAAUCAGGUUGCAAUGAACCCGAAAAACACCAUCUUCGACGCCAAACGUCUCAUCGGUCGCCGUUUCGACGAUCCGAAAAUCACACAAGACAUGAAGCAUUGGCCCUUCAACGUGUUCAACGAUUGCGGAAAACCAAAGCUUCAAGUUGAGUUCAAGGGUGAAGUGAAAAAGUUUUCUCCUGAGGAAAUCAGCGCAAUGGUGCUCACAAAAAUGAAGGAGACAGCAGAAACGUACUUGGGUGCACCAGUGAAGGAUGCAGUCAUCACCGUUCCAGCCUACUUCAAUGACUCACAGAGGCAGGCGACCAAGGAUGCAGGAGCUAUUGCAGGACUCAAUGUGCUUAGAAUCAUCAACGAGCCCACAGCUGCUGCCCUCGCCUAUGGAUUGGACAAGAACCUCAAAGGAGAGCGCAACGUCCUCAUUUUUGACCUGGGAGGUGGUACGUUCGAUGUCUCAAUCCUCUCCAUCGAUGAGGGCUCUCUAUUUGAGGUGAGAUCUACAGCUGGAGACACUCAUCUUGGAGGUGAAGACUUUGACAACAGGCUGGUCGAUCAUCUGAGUGAAGAGUUCAAGAGAAAAUACCGAAAGGACGUGAAAUCUAAUCCACGAGCACUGAGGAGAUUGAGAACUGCAGCUGAAAGAGCAAAGAGAACCCUGUCAUCAAGUACAGAGGCCAGUAUUGAGAUAGAUGCUCUUUGUGAGGGCGUUGACUUCUAUACUAAAGUAUCCAGAGCCCGGUUUGAGGAAUUGUGUGCAGAUUUAUUCCGCUCUACACUACACCCAGUUGAGAAAGCAUUGAAUGACGCCAAGAUGGACAAAUCAUCAAUACACGAUGUUGUACUUGUUGGAGGAUCAACUCGCAUUCCAAAGAUACAAUCACUAUUGCAGAACUUCUUCAAUGGAAAAUCACUCAACCUGUCAAUCAACCCAGAUGAAGCAGUGGCAUAUGGAGCAGCAGUUCAGGCAGCCAUACUCAGUGGAGAUCAGAGCUCACAGAUCCAAGACGUUCUCCUGGUGGAUGUGACACCUCUCUCGUUGGGCAUUGAGACUGCAGGUGGAGUAAUGACAAAAAUAAUUGAACGCAACUGCAGGAUUCCAUGCAAGCAGUCACAGACCUUCACUACAUAUGCUGACAAUCAGCCAGCUGUCACAAUUCAAGUAUUCGAAGGAGAGAGAGCGAUGACCAAGGACAACAAUCUGCUUGGAACGUUCGACCUGACAGGAAUACCACCAGCACCGAGAGGAGUCCCACAAAUUGACGUCACCUUCGAUUUAGAUGCGAACGGCAUUCUCAAUGUAUCAGCGAAAGAGAAUGGCACAGGAAUAACCAAGAAUAUAGUCAUCAAGAAUGAUAAGGGGCGUCUUUCUAAAACUGACAUUGAUAGGAUGGUGAACGAAGCUGAACAGUUCAAGGAAGAGGAUGAAAAGCAAAGACAAAAAGUGAGUGCAAGAAACCAGCUUGAAAACUACAUAUUCAGUGUGAAACAGGCUCUGGAUGAGGCAGGCAGCAAACUGAGCGACGGUGACAAGUCGGCAGCCAGACAGAGAUGCGACGAGUGCUUGCAGUGGCUGGACAACAACACACUCGCCGAGAAGGAGGAGUUCGAGCACAAGUUGAAAGAGCUGCAGCAGCUCUGCUCACCAAUCAUGGCCAAGAUCUACUCUAGUCAAGGCGGUGGCGACGGCAGGAGAUCCCAAACUUGCGGUCAACAAUUCAACCAGGGCCAAUCGUUCAAUAAUAACGGACCCACAAUUGAAGAAGUGGACUAGAAAUCAAUUUGACUUCAGAAAAAAGGCUGAGAAUGUACAAAAACACAAGUACUAUACAAAGUUCUUACUAAUCAUUAAUUUAUUUGUAAAUAAUAUAUUUUGUAAGUUAUAUAGUAGUAUUAUUGUUAUGAUUUGAAUUUGUUGAAUAAAAUAAUUUUUCAGUUUCAAUUCAGCUUUUUUAUUUCUAAUCCUACUAGUUAAUUCCUUGAAAUACAAUGCAAAUUCAAACUUCGAAUGAACAACUGUUUUAGUGUCAUUCAGAGUUACUUUUAUAAAUUUUACAAUAAAAUAUAUGAAUUGUAAUAUUUUCACUUGGAAGAUUAAAUUAAUUUAAAUCUGAGUUAGCAAAAUAUCACUGUUGACUAGUGUUCCAAAUCAAUAGAUAUUUCUAGAAACUUAUGCUACUUGGAAUAAGUCUGGGUGAUGCAGACGAAGUAAAACAUUUUGAAAACGUUUUAUUAUUAAUUGGCUCAUAUUAUUCAAUCUUCGAUUAUUUCAAGUCAAAAAGUUCAUUCAGAUUUACAUUUCAAUAAAUCUCCUUUUCUUUAAUUACAUGUAAUUUUCAGUGGGAAUGGAACUUGAAAUAAUGAGCCAAGAACUAUUGUUAUUCAGUUCAUAAUAUCAUGUUGAAUAUUAAAUCCCGGUUGCACAAGAGCCUCUUGAAUUUGAAUCAUUAUCAAGUUAAGGAUUAGUCAGAGAAGGACUUUUUUGAAAAGAAGACAUCCCUGAUUGGUACUCGUGGCAUUUAAUCAAGGUUGAAAUUCAUCAGGCUUUUGUGCAGCCGAGCCUCAGUUGAUCAAGCUUUGAUUAUUAUUCAAUUAUUUAUACAUUGUUACAUACAAUAUCAUUAUCAGGGUAGCCGUCUAGUGGUCACCCCGACUACUUGACACCUGGUCAUUUUGGCCAUAGGUAACAACUUGUACCGUCGUAGAAAUAUGCCAUUGCCGUCAAGUUGUCCCCCCGACUACUUGACACCUACUGGACCAAAGGUGUCAACUGGUGAAGACCGUAAACGACAACUUGACACCUCGCACCCUCGCGUCAGGGUAUCCCCUCGACUAGUUGUCACCUCCUUAGAAAGGAGACAAGUAGACGGGGAUGGCUCACGUCUACAUGACACCUUGCACGUCAAGGUGUCACCCCGACUACUUGUCAUCUACAGAGCACCAGUUGCCACAACGAACACCCCUGCGGCGUAGGGAGGAGGGAUCAAGCAAUUUUUAUUACUGGUUAUGAUGUAGAAUUGAAUUCUAAGCACGUUUUAUUCAGUAACAUUUUCCCGUCAAACGCACGGUUCGGGAGAUAUUCGCCGCCUUUUUUUAGGACAAUUUUUUCGAGUUUGUUGAAAACAGAAAAAAAUGAAUAAUACGCCCUUUUGAUGACUGAACCAGAUGUAGAACACAAUUCUAAACACAUUUUGUUCAGUUAUAUUUUCCCGUCAGACGUACCGUUUACAAGUAAAUUGAGCCUAAUCCUAGGACAGUCAAAUUUUCAUCCAUCAAUGAUAUGGCAGAUGAAGCUAUCAGUCUGGUUAUCAACUGAGGUCUUACAUGAAGUCUUAUUAUACUAUAUGGUAUCUUAUAUCAACAUAAGAAAUCGUAAUGCCUUUUCAUAUAAAACUUGAUAGGCUUCAUUUUCCAACUUUCAAAUGAAGAGCCAGCCGGAAUGGUGAUUUCUUGUGGAGUGGAGUCGAGGGGAUAGGUUGUCGAGACCGUAGACGACUACUUGUACCCUCGUAAAAAUAUACCAUUGCCGUUUAGUAGUCACCCCGACUACUUGACACCUACUGGACCAGAGGUGCCCACUAGUCAUGACCGUAAACGACAACUUGACUGACACCUCGCACCCUCGCGACAGGGUGUCCCCCCCCCCCCCGACUACUUGUCACCUCCUCAGAAAGGAGACAAGUAGACGGGUAUGGCUCACGUCUACUUGUCCCCAAAAAACCGGUUUUAAAAGGGGACAAGUAGUCGGGGUGACACCAAGACGAGUACCCUCAUUAUCAUUUGUGAAUGAUUGGAAAAGGAACAACAUACUUAAAGCCCAAAACUGUUCCUUUCCCAAAUUUAGAUAGAAAUCGUCCAAAAUAUGUUAUGUUUACACUUCAUGAUUUUUGUCCAAUUCUGAGUUCACAAUAUAUAUAAACUAGGAAUUAAGAAUUUAGACAAGUUGAAAACCAAAUUAAUUAAGAAUACUUCACUAAAUCAUCACUGAUAACUGAAAAGUACUUAUUAAUAAUUAUCUCUGCUUGAAAAAUGAAUUACCACCCUGUUCCACCUUUGGACAAUGAACAGCAAUCAUCAGACAAGUUUUGAAAAACGUGUUUUAUUCAUGAGUAUUUUCAUCUCGAUUACAAUAAAUUUAUAACACUGCUUUAUGGAGCCAAAACAUAUAAGUUAACUUAUAUUUUUUUACAGAUGAUGAAACAAUAAUAAUUGAGAAUACAAUUAUUACAAUCCAAUAUCAUUAUUCCAAACUAGAUAAGGAUUCAACCCCAUUUAUUGAAAACUAAUUUUCAAUUAGCAUUUCAAGAUAUUUUUUACAAUUUUCGAAUAAAAACAAGAAUUAUCAUACCUCAGAACGCAAUCAGUAUUGAUUUUUUUUUUCAAAAAAUAUAUCAAGGAAUGGAAAUAAUUAUUUAUGAUUAGGUUUAGAAGUACAGAAGUGCUCCUGAUAUAGAACUUAUCGAAUGAGCUAAAUUCAUAAAUAACAUGGUCCAGAAUAACAAAAGUAUAAUGGGUCUUA